AUGUUGUGUUUCAGGAGGGGAGGCGAAGGGAACGCGACCAUCGAGACGGUGUGUCACAACCCAGCGCUGGCGUUUCACGGCCAGUUCCUGAAGGACUUCAACAGCAAAACCUGUGAGAUGAAGCGAGUGAAGGGGACGGAGGACGAGUUCAUCUGCUCCUGUAAUGAGGAAGAGUGCAACGGCCGGCUCAUCUUUUCUGACGGUGCGGAUCCGGUUUCUCCCAGAUCGGAUGAGCCGAAGCUCCUGUCUCUGCUGCUGGUCAGUCUGGUUCCCUCCGGGGUCGUGCUGGUCCUGCUGGUGUCGCUGCUCUACUUCUACUGCGCGUGUCGACAGCACAAGCUCAAAGCGCCCGCGACUAAAAGCGAAACCUGCGCCAUCAUCAUCAUGAGCGACGACGACCGGUCCGACAACAGCCUGAACCACAACCUGGAGCUUCUUCCCAUCCAACUGGACUCAUCCGUCGGGAAAGGCCGAUUCGCCGAGGUCUUCAAAGCCAGACUCAAACAAGCUAGCCAAUCCUUCCAAACGGUGGCCGUGAAAAUAUUCCCGUAUGAGGAAUACGCCUCGUGGAAAACCGAGUGGGAGAUUUACUCCGAUGCUGAGCUUCGGCACGAGAACGUCCUGCACUUUCUGACCGCCGAGGACCGGAAAGCGUCGCAACAGUAUUGGCUGAUAACGGCCUAUCAGGAGCGAGGAAACCUGCAGGAGUUCCUGUCGCAGCACGUGAUUGGCUGGGACGAGCUGUGCCGAUUGGCCGGUUCGCUGGCGAGGGGCGUGGCUCAUCUUCACGCCGAUCGGACGCCGUGUGGACGAGCUAAAGUGGCUAUCGUCCACCGCGACCUGAAGAGCGCAAACGUGCUGGUGAAGUCAGACCUCACGUGUUGUCUGUGUGACUUCGGUCUCAGUCUGAGACUCGAUACCUACACGUCUCCUGAGGAACUGGGCAACAGUGGACAGGUGGGCACGGCGCGGUACAUGGCUCCAGAAGUGCUGGAGUCCCGGAUGGACCUGGAGAGCAUCGAGUCCUUCAAACAGGCGGAUGUUUACUCCAUGGCUCUGGUUCUGUGGGAGAUCGUGUCCAGAUGCAGCGCCACUGGAGAUGUGCGGGAAUACGAGCCUCCGUUCGGGAAGCUGAAGGAGCAUCCGUGUGUGGAGAGCAUGAAGGAUGAUGUCAUCAGAGAUCGACUGAGACCCGAGAUACCGGUCAGCUGGAGCAACCACACGGGUGUUCAUCUCCUGAGCUCCACCAUCGAGGAGUGCUGGGAUCACGACCCCGAGGCCCGACUGACGGCGCAGUGUGUCGUGGAGCGCCUCAGUGACAUCAUCAGCUCUGACAUCAUCAAGAGCACAGGGGAUUCUGGGAGCGACGACAAGUAGAGCAAGCGCCUGAUCACGGACGUUCAGACACACGUGUGACACGCGCACUUUACAGGAACAUUUACACGCGUCAGGGGAUUUUAUUCAGCUAAACUGCAGAAACGUAUGCUCUUCCUCAGUGUUUCUGUCUCGUUUCCCAGCAUAAACAUCUAAGCACUCUUAAAUCAACAUACAUCUACUGGAGAUUCACAGUGACUGAAGAUAUUAAGUCUUUUUUUCUGAAAAAUGCAUCAAAAGUAAUCAAGAAAAUCUGCUAAUGGAGUCAGAAAAAUAAACUUAAUUCAAAGGAAAACAAGUUUAAGACUUCAUAUCUCUGUCUUGUUGCUUCUCUAGUAUCUUGAGUUAAGAGUGUUUAGAUAUUUGUACUGGAAAACUAGACUUUUUUUUGCAGUGUAUGAACUAAUAUUCAGUAUCAAGAGCACGUGUAUGAUGUCAGUUGCUCGUUAUGUAUUAUCAUCAUUAAGCUUCAGGGAAAAUCUGCUUCGCUGACGUGAAACAGUC